CUCAGCCUAUUUUCAAACUGAGCCAACCUGUUGAGCGUCAGUGGAAAAGGGUGUUGGCGUAUGUCUGACUACAGUACAGUACAUUCGUCAAUUGUGUGGCGCUGCAAGCCCGAGAUUUCCUGACUUCUUGCCUCACAUCUCCAUUUGGCUUUAACGCGUGACGAGGUGAAAUAAAGGGAAAGAUGGAAAAGAUAUCAGUGCUGCUGUUAUUGACACCAGUUUUGUCCCUUGUGUUUGCAGAGGAGCAAAAAGAAAUGGAAGAGGAUGAUCCAUUUACCUUUGAUUAUCACAGGCUACGUGUUGGAGGGCUGAUCCUGGCAGCAGUUCUGUGUCUGAUCGGCAUCACCAUCCUCUUCAGUGGACACUGCAGAUGCAAGUUCAACCAGGACAAAAGGAGAACAGGAAGCAAUGGCGCCACCCAGCCACUAAAUGACCAAGCUCAUGCCAGUGAAUGCUAGGAACCAAACACCCAAAUUGCAGCAAAUGAAAUAAACCUCCUGGGUCUGCAACAAUCAAGAGAUAUUCAUGGAUGGGUGUAGUAGGACCCUUUUUGGUCCAGUGGAGACUUUGGAGUUGUUUUUAGAGUGGUGCUGUCUUCACAAGCGAGAGGUGGUACUGUGCCAGAGGAGAUCAAUGUGCUGCUUUUACCUGUGUAGUUUUUCUACCUACCGCACAUUACUCCUGUUUCUGCUUCGCUAAAUACUCACUGUAACAAUGAGCGAGCACACACAGACAGACAAAGCUGCACACGUUUCCCAAUAUUCUUUGUAUUUAAACAGAUAACGAAAAGAAAUGCUUUGUGUCGACUCAUUAUUUUAUUGCCAUGUUUCUCAACUUUGCUCCCCCUGUAUGUAGAAUGUGUUAUUUCAGGGUUGGCUCCAGGCAAAUGCAAUGUAAGCAGCCUAAAUUGUAUCUUUCUCUUUCAUCUGUCAAAGCAAGGCACAUUUAUUUGUAUAACAGGUUUCAUACACAGGGGCAGUUCAAAGUGCUAGCUGACAUUAUGUAGCAGUCAGAAAUGCCUGAGUAAUUUGCAUAUCCUACUUGUUGAAAAUUCAAAGUGCAAGUAUUAUAAUUUUUUUCAGAUCUCAAAAAGUUACUGUUCUGAAUUGUUGCAGGGUCUGGGUAACAGAGAGUUUCGCCUGAAUGGCCUUGGUCAAAGUUCUGACCAAGGCCAUUCAGCCAUUUAAGCCCUAAAAAAGAAC